AUGCUCAAUGCCGUGCAAAAUCUGUACGAAACGAAGAAAUCAGUAGAGGGAAAUUAUUCGUCUGGUAAACGAGAGUGGAGUUUACAUAGUCUGAACGAUACCACACAAGAAGAAUCUUCCAGCCAUCAAAAAUACAUUCGCACUCAAUCAUCAAACAAUUCCACUAGUCAUCGAGCUGUCGCCUCUUCUUCUUCGUCUUCGUCAAAUACAACAAACAAGCAUCAAAAUGGCGAGAAAGACGCUACUAAUUCAACAUCCACUGCAGCAUCGUCGACAUCUAAAAAAGGCACAAAAGACGCUAAAAAACCGAUUCGUGUGUGCGGCGAUUGGUCUGAAUUUCGAAGUUCAAGUGGUAAAACCUAUUUUUACAACUGUAAAACAGAAGUUUCACAAUGGGAAAAACCGAAAGGAUGGAUCGUCGACAAUUCAACUACUAACUCGACAGUAUCAUCAUCCGCUCGACAAAAUAAUUCAACAUCAAACGUUGAUCGUCUCAAAAGAGAAAGCGUCAAUAAUCCAAAAACAUCACCGUCACUUCGAACUUACAGUCGAAGUAAAACGGAAGAGAUGACACCUAGCUCGACAUCGUCAUAUUCAUCCAACACUAAAGAUUCUUUGUCAUCAUCUUAUCCGUCAAUUAAACUAUCUUCCCCGUGCCAUCAUUUAACAAACGGCGAACAAACAGUAAAAAGUGUUAAUCAAGAUUUUUUACAAUCUUCGUUAACAACAACUUCAAGUGAAACAACAAUACGGUUAACUAGUCCAGCUGACGACAGUUCACGAAUGUCGUUUUCAUCAACUAGUAGUAAAGAAUCAGCCACCCUACUAGUCGAGAGAGGAGAUGAAAUGAAUAAUGUACAUUUAUCGAUGUCUGAACCAGCUAUUUCAUUCUCCAAUCAUCUUGCGUCAGAAAACAAUGAAAGACAACAACAACCGCUGCAUGUACAACAAAAUGGUCAUGAGACAAAAAGUUCCACACCAGCAUCAACAACUGAAUCUGUGCAAAAUAUGGAAUAUGAAUUUGCUCCAGUAACAAAAGCUGAACGAGAUCAUGAAAUUCAGAAGUAUUAUCGUGCAGAUUUAAUCCAUCAUCUUGUUGAUUGGCCAUCAACACAGCUUGAAAAACAGCUAUUGGAUUUUUUAAAUGAAACAAGUACAUUAAAACAACGUUUAUCCUUAUUAUGUAACAAUUUACAAAGUGUUGUUCAACCCAUAUUUCAAAAUUCUCUUACGGAUAUAUUAGAAAUAUCACAAUCACUUACAGAUUACAGACAUUUAGAAACAACAUUUCCUCUCAAUGUCACUACAAACACAACAUCAACACGACGGAGACAAAGUCAGCAAUCUUGUUUAGAUGAUGAUUUAACAACAGUUUCAUCUGUUCGUACGCAUUCAUCGGAUGAUAUUGAUUUUGAUGAAAUGGAUCAACCACCACCAACGACCACAACAGCGACAACGCAAAAAAAAUCGUCACGUAAAGAACAUCAACAACCACUUCCAGAUCUUAAAUCCUAUCCAGCUUGUAUUGAAUAUAUUAUGUCUGAAUUUAAUCAAUCACGUCCACACGCAUCGCAUGAUACAGCAUUUUUAAAAAAUUUAAGAGAAUGUAAUUUAGCUAAAGCAAAAUCACUCGAUUCAGAAAUAACAGAGCCGACAUUAAUCAUUAAUGCUCAAAUAUAUUUUCCACCUGAAUCACGUGAAAGAUAUCGAAUUGCAUUAAUGAACGAAUUAAUAUGUUUAACCACACAAACAUUGGCAACAUUAAGAGAUUCAAUCGAAUGUGUUAGUGAUGAACAAAUUAUUGGCGAAUAUUCUCAAAAUCCAUCAGAUUUAAAAACAACUGGUCAGCGUGUCGGUGAUUUAUAUCCGGCUGGGUGUUUUAUCAUUGAUGGUGUUAUUUAUGAUGAUACACGACGAACAAAUGUCCGAUUAAGUGAUAAAAUUAUGCAAUUUAUUGAAAAUAACAGUGAUAAAGAAAAAAAAGAACAACAAUAUACUGUUGGAGAAGUGAUGGAAAAUGUGACAUUUAAUAAUAUAAACAGUUUAUGUUUAGGAAAGCCUUAUAUUUAUAUACAUCAAAUGAAUUGUGAACAUGUGGUGGUAUUUAAUGAGUUAAAACUAUUGCAGAAUGAUCAGUGUUUAGAUUCGAGUUUGUAUCCAUUGUGUAAAAUCAAAUAUCAUGGCCGUUUUUUCCAUUGUUUUUUAUGCAAUGUAUUUUAUGCAAAAUGGUUAGUGCGUGAUUCUCCAAUUAUUCCAGAUGAUCCUUGUUUAUUAUGUGAAAGAUGUUUUAAAGCAUGUCAUUAUGAUAAAGAUGGAAAUAAAGUUGGACAAUUUCUGGCAUAUCAUUUUCCACAAUUAGUGAAUAAAAAUUUGCGUCUGACUAACAAUAUAAAUAACCUAAUGGAAGAUGUUAGUCACGAAAAAGAACAAAAAAAACCACGAAAAAUACCAUUUCCAUUUGGAUGUUGCCGUGUUUGUCUAGACAGAGCAACGGGUGUUCACUAUGGAGUUCCAACAUGUGAAGGAUGUAAAGGUUUUUUUAAACGGAGUAUAUUACGUAAAGAAAAAUAUCGCUGUUAUUUUGGUGAUACUUGUAGUAUAAACAUUAAAAAUAGAAAUCGAUGUAAAUCAUGCAGAUUUUAUAAAUGUCUAAUUGAAGGAAUGUCUAACGAAAGUAUUAGUCCGUUUUUAUGA